AUGGAGGGUUGCCUCGGGCCUCUCCCGCUUGUCAAGGAGGUGAGCCCUGCCAAGGAGCGCAUCCAGAGCCGGGAGCUGCGCCGCAAGGUCGAAGAUCGCAGGCGAUGGAAGGAGCUUCCGCGCGAGGAGCGCGAGGAGCGCGAGCCCUGGAGGAUCAAGGGCCCGGUAAGAUUCGAGGAGAAAUAUCCUCUGUGGAAGUUCUAUCGGAUUCCCGGCCUGGAGAGCAGCCUCUCCGAGGCGAAAUCCGCCCUGGAUUUCCCCGAGUACGUGAAAUUGCUCAAGAAAUGCGGCCAAGAGAGGGCUCUGAUCGAUGGCAAGCUCGUCCACGAGCACAUCAGGGAUCACGCGGACGACGAGCACGACACAUUCUUGGCCAAUAUGAUCAUCCAAAUGUAUGGGAAAUGCAAAAGCCCGGAGGAUGCCCGCCAGGUUUUCGAUCGAAUCAAGCAGCGCAACGCCUUCUCCUGGAGCAUCCUUGUCGAGUGCUACGUCCAGAACGCUAUGUACCAAGAGGCACUGGAAGUUUACAAGGAGAUGGUGAGAGAAGAGAUCUCCAUCGACGCUUACACCCUCUCCAGCGUCCUGGCGGCAUGCACGAAACUUUUGGACGUGGAAGAAGGGAGAAUGGUCCAGCGAAAAGCCGAGGAGCUUGGAUUUGAGAAGGACGUGGUGGUAGCCACGUCUUUGAUCCAUCUCUUCGCGAAGUGCGGGUGCCUAGAGGAGGCCGAGAGCGUCUUUCGGUCCAUGGGAGCUAUGCGAGACAUUAUCUCGGUGACUGCCAUGAUAGGUGCGUAUGUUCGUCAUGGCAAGAACGAUUUGGCUCUUGAUACUUACUGGAAGAUGCGAUCGCAGGGGCUGGAGCCAGAUGCUUUCACGUACGCAGCAAUCCUUGGAGCUUGCUCCAGUCCGGAUUUUCUGCUCGACGGCAAGCACAUCCACAAGCACAUACUUGAGAGCAAGCACUUUGGAAACAUAAGUGUGAGAAACGCUCUCAUCACCAUGUAUGCAAAGUGUGGCAGCUUGAAGGAUUCCAAGAGCUUGUUCCUCACCAUGGAUGUCAAGGACGUGGUAAGCUGGAAUGCGAUGAUCGCUGCUUACACUCUCUAUGGACAUGACAAGGACGCGUUUUCUUUGUUCCACAGGAUGUGCACGCUGGGCCACACUCCGGAUAUCUACACUUUCUCCAGCAUUCUGGGAGCGUGUGCGAGUCCCAAGAGGCUGGAAGAUGGGAGAAUGCUACACGUAAGGAUCACUGCUAGGGGGUUUGACAGGGACUUUGCAAUGCAGAACAAUCUGAUAAGCAUGUAUACAAGGUGUGGGAGUUUGGAGAGCGCACGGAGGUACUUUUACAGCAUCGAGAAGAAAGAACUCGGAGCUUGGAACACGAUGCUCGCCGCUUAUGCACAGUUUGAUAAGGGGAAGGACGCCUUGUUUCUCUAUAAGAAUAUGUUACUCGAGGGCUUCACUCCUGACAGGUUCACGUUUUCCAGCGUGGUAGACUCGUGUGCCAGUCUGGGAGCCCUCAGAGAAGGAAAAUUUAUCCACGAAUGCAGCACUUCCUGUGGUUUCGAGAAGGACGUCAUUCUCGGAACAGCACUGGUGAACAUGUACGCCAAGUGCGGAAGCCUGGCCGACGCAAAGAAAUCCUUCGAUGGCAUUUCAAACAAGGACGUGGUUUCGUGGAGCGCAAUGAUCGCUGCAAGCGCUCAACACGGCCACGCCGAAGAAGCCUUGGAGCUCUCGCACCUGAUGAACUUACAGGGGAUAGCACAGAACGAGGUGACCGCUUCAAGUGUUCUUCACGCCUGCAGCCACGGUGGACGACUGUACGAAGGGAUCGACUACUUCAUGGGUUUAAGCCAGGACUUCGGCAUAGAACGAGACGAGGAAAACACGGUCGGGUUUAUAGAUCUUCUGGGACGAGCAGGGUGGCUGAAAGAAGCGGAGCAUGUGUUACACACGAUGCCAUUCAAAGUCAGCUUCGUGGCCUUGGUGACGCUGCUGGGUGGCUGUAAAGUUCAUGGGGACGUGAGGCGCGGCAAAGCUUUUACCAAGAGGAUCGUGGCGCUUGAGCCGGAGAAUCCAGGCUCUUACGUACUGCUCAACAAUAUGUACGCUGCCGCUGGAAGAUGGGAUGAUGUUGCAAAGCUGAGGAGAUACAUGAGGAAGAAAGGAGUCAAGAGGCAAACAGGCUGCAGCUCCAUCGAGUACAGGGACAAAAUCUACGAGUUUUCAGUGGGAGAUACAUCAAACCCACGGAACUUGGAGAUCCGGGCGGAGCUUGAGCGUCUUUACUCUCGGAUGAAGGAGGAGGAAGGAUAUGUUCCAGAUACCAGGGACGUUUUCCACGACGUGAGCGAUGACAAGAAAGAGGAGCUGCUCAAGUUUCACAGCGAGAAGAUGGCCAUGGGUUUUGGGUUGAUCACAAGCCCGCCAGGAUCGACGCUGAGGAUCAUCAAAAACUUGAGGGUGUGCUCGGACUGUCAUACUGUUGGGAAACUGGCGUCGAAGAUCACAGGCCGGCGGAUUAUUGUCCGAGAUGGAACUCGGUUUCAUCACUUUGAAGGUGGGAUUUGCUCCUGUGGAGACUACUGGUAACAAGAUAUUCUCUUUGCUUACUUAGAAUCUGGGAAAGUUGAAGUUCUUGAGGCUGACUUGUUUGUGGUGAUUGCAUCGGUGACCAUAUGGGAAAUGUGGCAGCUUGGAACGUUCCAAGGACGUUUUUGAUCGAAGCAACUCGAGCAUGAUCGUUAUAUCCAGCAUUCUCGCUUCGCGCAGGCUCUGGGAUGAUUUGCCAGAUGCAAUUGGAAGGUGUUGCAACAAACAAGGUGACUUUCAUCUCAAUUGCUGGUGGAAUCGUCGACGAAGGUAAGCUUAUCUAUGAGCUUGCCAGAGAAAGUACACUUGCUUUGGAUGGAUAUUGUCGUCAGGAUCGGGAUGUUUUCUACGUUCGCUUUUGCGAGAUGUUGUUUUGGCUUCUACAAGGUUUGUUACCAGAUUUUCUUUUCUUUU